AUGCCGGCAUCGCUAUGUGAUCCCAGUCCCUCCACAUCCGAUGCAAGAACGUUGGACCUCGUGUUCUUCAUCACCGGCAACCCGGGGUUGAUCGCGUACUACCAUCCGUUUCUGGCGGGUGUGGUGCAGGGCUUCAACGGCCGUGAUGGCGGAGACCUGUCUGACGUGUCUGCGCGGCCCGUGGUGGUGGUCGCGGGGUUCAGUCUCGGCGGGUUCGAGGUCGAGGAUUGGACUGCGGCGCCGUUGGCAGGAUCCGGCAGUGAGAGGGGCCAGGGAGCUCGGGGAGUUGAAGAGGGUGAGGAGCAGCAACGGGAUCGCGAGGCUUUGAGGGAUCUGCUGUUUCCUGAUGUCGCGGCUUCUCCGUCUGCUUCCCAGACGGCGAAACAAGAUUCACGGAGCGUGCAGAGGAUCUACUCGCUUGCUGAGCAGGUCGAGCUAUGUUAUGCACGGCUAGAGAAUCUGCUUGGUAGGUUACGGAUGCAGUGCGAUUCCUUGCAAGGAUUGAGUCGGUCAGGGCCGGAGACAUUGAAUAGUCAAGAAACUACGAACACGAGCACAAGAAAUACAGAUAUCAACCUCAAAGUGACGCUGAUAGGGCACAGCGUCGGCGCAUACAUUGCACUUGAGCUAGUGCGGCUACGGCAUGAAUAUCGACAGCAAGCAACAGCCGCGGACUCCCUACCAAAAUUAGCAAAGUACUCAAUCCUAUCAUGUAUCCUCCUCACACCCACGAUACAAGACCUGCAUCUCUCCUCGUCUGGGCGCAUCGCAAGCCCACUUUUGGCAUUCCUGCCAUUCCUGCCCAGUCUAGCGCAGGGACUCGUGCAGAACGUCUUAGUGAAGUUCCUUUCGGAAGCAUGGUUCGAGGUCCUUGUGAAGCGCGCCACAGGUAUGCAAGCUGCCAGUCAUGGGUUGGUCGCAACAGUGGCGUUUCUGCGCAGUAGAAGGGGUGUGUGCCAGGCGCUGGAGAUGGCAAAGUGUGAGUUGAGGGAGAUUAGGAAAGAUAGCUGGGGAAAUGAGGUUUGGGGUAUUGCUGCUGGGGAUGGGGCGGUGGUGGAUCAGUCGAAUCCGAGCUUGUUUUUCUGGUUUGCUAGACGGGAUCAUUGGGUGGCGGAUGUGACGAGGGAGGAGAUUCUCAGCACGAGAGGAGGGACGGGCUUUAUUGAGAAGGACGACAAGAUUGGUGACGAUGCUGGUAAGGAUGAGCUCGAUGAUGGAAGGAAUAAAUCGCCGAGAAUUCGGAUAGACGAGACGGAUGGAUUGAUGCAUGCUUGGUGUCUGACACAAAGUGAUUUGGUGGUUCGACGAGUCAAUGGAUGGCUCAGGGAGUUGUGGGAUCAAGACUGA